UACGGUCACCCAUAUGAUGUCAACCAAGCGCAUGAAGUGUGUUUCAACUUCAAGGAAAAGGCGCAUCAAUUUGUACCUGAUUUGUAUUGUAAAUUGUUUAUGAACAUAAAGCAGAAUGAUGAAAACUGAAAGAGACAUUCAAGAGACGAGCUGCAGCAUGGAACCUGUGAGAAUGUUGAACGUGGAGAUAAAAACUGAGCCAGAAUUUGAAGUUGAUGAUUAUUAUUAUGAGAUUGAGAAUGUGUGGCACAAUAUGAAGACCAUGUUGAAGCAGGACGGCCAGACUACAUCUACUGCAGAAAUCAAGCAAGAACCAGGGAACACUUGUCCUAGUGAUUUGGAUGAGGAUGGUGUGUUUGCUGGCGAGCACAGCGAUGAGAGUUCCAGCGAGUUUUCUGAGGAAGAAUUCUCUGAUGCAUCUACGUGCGAGCAACUGGAGGACGACUCCGAAAGUUCUACUUCGGACAGUGAUGAAGAUGCCCCUCCACCUCGAAAACGGCCUGCAUUUAUCCCGCCGAAGCAGGCCCCUCCACCACCAGCCCCAGCCCAGCCAGCCACCCCGGCCCAGCCUAAGCCAGCUGCCCCAGCCCAGCCACAGCCAGCUGGCCAAGUUACAUCGAGAGACGGGACGGUGUGGAGCAAUCAACCACGCGCAGCUACGAAAGCGGAACCUCCAAACAUCCUGAUGCAAGCAAUGGGCCCUAAGAAUCUGGGAGGGGCAUCAUCACCGCUGGAGCUUUUCAGCAUCUUCAUUUCAGUCACCAUGCUGCAAACCAUCCUACGUUACACAAAUGCAGAGGGGCUGGCCAAGAGAGGACGGGGUUGGAUCGACAUCGGGAUGAUGGAGCUGCGCUCAUUCAUCGGCCUCCUCUUCUUUCUUGGUCUGACCAAAUCGGGGCAUGAAAGAGUCAAGUCAUUCUGGCAACCGGGUUUCUUCUCCAGACCACUCUGCGAGUGCACCAUGGCAGGGAAGCGGUUCCAGGAAAUUCUUGCGGUGAUGUGCUUCGACGACAAGAGCACUCGAACACAGCGCAAGCAGACUGACAAGUUUGCGCCCAUCAGGGAUGUUUUUGAGAUGUUCCGAUCUACCCUCAUCCGCCAUUUCAGUCCAAGUGACAGCCUGACUGUGGGUGAACAGUUACUGGCUUUCCGCGGACGCUGCAGCUUCAAGCAGUAUAUGCCAAAAAAACCUGCUAAGUACGGACUGAAAUUUUGGACAGCAGUGGACAGCCGCACCCACUACACUUACAAUAUGCAGCCCUAUGUCAAAGAACAGGGACAAAGAGAAACUCAACUUGGUGCUCGAGUGGUAAAAGAUAUGGUGGAACCCGUCUAUGGAACUGGACGCAACGUCACCACCGAUAAUUUCUUCACCAGCAAGGCGUUGGCCGACUACCUUUGGACGAAGAACAUGACCCUCGUCGGCAUGAUCAAAGAUAAUCGGAAGGAGGUCCCAGACGACAUGCGCAAAGGACAAACCCGAGACAGGCCGGUAAAGUCGUCUCACUUCCGUUUCACGUCAACGAACACUCUCGUUUCAUUUGUGCCGAAGCAGUACAGAAAUGUACUGCUUCUGUCAUCGAUGCAUCACGAUGCCACCACCAACCCAAGGAGCAAAAAGCCCGAGAUCAUUGACUUUUACAAUUCGACCAAGGCCGGUGUAGAUGCAGUGGACCAGAUGUGUAGUGUCUACAACUGUGCCCGCACCUCUAACAGAUGGCCAAUGGUGGUUUUUUUCCACCUUUUGAACUGUGCUGGCAUCAAUGCCUAUGUGCUCUUCAAGCAGCUCCAUCCCCGCCCCAGCACAUCCCGUCAUGAAUUCCUGGAGCAGCUUAUCAUGGCCCUCACACUACCGCAGGUCGAAAUCAGAAGGCAGCAUCCAGAACGCCUCCGCAUACACACCGUACAUGCAUUUGCCUAUGUUGGCAAGAAAGUUGUCUACCAAGCUAGACAACAGCAACAACCAACAACCCGGGCACCGUCAGCAAGAUGCCGGCUCUGUCCCCCCGGAGUCCAACGGAGGUCAACGCGAGUGUGCAUGGGAUGCGAGCGCUUCGUCUGCAAGCAGCACUCCACCGUCCAAACAGCCCGGAGCUUUGAGUGUGAAGAGUGUGCUAUUGGCGAGUAGACUGUUGAGUUGCCAUGACGAUUUGCUCCAGGAAUUCAUGGGGACACCACUUCCAUCUUGUUUUUUGGGUUUUUUUUUUUUAGGGGGGGUUUGACAAGUUUUCAAAUCAGCAGUUUGGUUUUCUAAUUUUAUGAUCAUGGGCAUUUGGAGUUAACUUUUGUAUUACAAUCAUGCCAAUAAUGUUUGUGUUUUGAUUCACUUUUGAUUCAUCAGUUUUUUCUUUGUAAAUAUUGGGGGGGGGCAAGUUUUCAAAUCAGCAGUUUGGUUUUUUCUAAUUUUAUGGUCAAUGGCAUUUGGAAUUAACUUUUGUAUUACAAUCAUGCCAAUAAUGUUUGUGUUUUGAUUCACUUUUGAUUCACCAGUUUUUUUUGGUAAAUAUUGGGGGGGGGGGGGGCAAGUUUUCAAACCAGAAGUUUGGUUUUCUAAUUUUAUGAACAUGGGCAUUUAGAGUUAACUUUUGUAUUACAAUCAUGCCAAUAACGUUUGUGUUUUGAUUCACUUCUGAUUCAUCAGUUUCUUCUUUGUAAAUAUUGGGGGGGGGGGGGCAAGUUUUCAAAUCAGCAGUUUGGUUUUCUAAUUUUAUGAUCAUGGGCAUUUGGAGUUAACUUUUGUAUACAAUCAUGCCAAUAAUGUUUGUAAUUUUAUUCACUUUUGAUUCACCAGUUUCUUCUUUGUAAAUAUUAGGGGGAGGGUGGGUUGACAAGUUUUCAAAUUUAUAAGCAGUUUGGUUUUCUAAUUUUAUAAUCAUGGGCAUUUGGAGUUAACAAUUUUCCUUUCAAAUAUGUUUUUGAUUAUGUUUUGAUUGAAGAUUUUGAGUGUGUGAGAAUACAACACUGUUGCACUCAA